GGUGGCGGCGGCGAGCGGAGCCGGAGGAGCCGCCGCAAAGAUGGAGGAGCCGUCGAGGAGGCGCUGCCGCUGCUGCCGCCGCCGCUGCUGCCGCCGCCGCCCGCGAAGCCGGAGCUCGAGUCGCAGGGGGGAUGCCGUUCUGAGUGCCUGACCGCCUCGCCCGAAGGAUGGCCUUGGAUGGGCAUUAGAGGCACGGCGGCCCCGGGCUCCCGUCCCGUCUGUCCGUCUGUCUGUUAUCGUCUGUCUCUCUUGACAUCACUGCAGCUCCACCCUCUCCUGCCCCAGCCCCCAACGCCAGUUUCCUGCGGGCCCCAAGCCGGCAUGAACUCUCCCAACGAGUCGGCAGAUGGAAUGUCAGGCCGGGAGCCAUCCUUGGAAAUCCUGCCGCGUACUCCUCUACACAGCAUCCCUGUGGCAGUGGAGGUGAAGCCAGUGCUGCCGGGAGCCAUGCCCAGCUCCAUGGGGGGUGGCAGUGGAGGCAGUGCUAGCCCCGUGGAGCUUCGGGGAGCUCUGGCAGGCCCUGUGGACCCUGCGCUACGUGAGCAGCAACUCCAGCAGGAGCUGCUGGCGCUCAAGCAGCAGCAGCAGCUGCAGAAACAGCUCCUGUUUGCCGAGUUCCAGAAGCAGCACGACCACCUGACACGGCAGCACGAAGUCCAGCUGCAGAAGCACCUCAAGGUGACCGAGGGAGGUGCAGGGGGCCGCCCAGACGCCCGACCCCUGUCUGGGCCCAACUCACCACCUUCUACCCCUGUGCCCCUGCAGCAGCAGCAGGAGAUGCUGGCAGCCAAGAGGCAGCAGGAGUUGGAGCAGCAGCGGCAGCGGGAGCAGCAGCGGCAGGAGGAGCUGGAGAAGCAGCGCCUGGAGCAGCAGCUGCUCAUCCUUCGGAACAAGGAGAAGAGCAAAGAGAGUGCCAUCGCCAGCACCGAGGUGAAGCUGAGGCUCCAGGAAUUCCUGUUGUCGAAAUCAAAGGAGCCCACUCCGGGCGGCCUCAACCAUUCCCUCCCGCAGCACCCCAAAUGCUGGGGAGCCCACCAUGCUUCUUUGGACCAGAGUUCCCCUCCCCAGAGCGGCCCUCCUGGGACGCCUCCUUCCUACAAACUGCCUUUGCUUGGGCCCUAUGACAGCCGCGAUGACUUCCCCCUCCGCAAAACAGCCUCUGAACCCAACUUGAAAGUGCGUUCAAGGCUAAAGCAGAAGGUGGCCGAGCGGAGAAGCAGUCCCCUCCUGCGCCGCAAGGAUGGGACUGUUAUUAGCACCUUUAAGAAGAGAGCUGUUGAGAUCACAGGUGCUGGGCCUGGGGUGUCGUCUGUGUGUAACAGCGCGCCAGGCUCUGGUCCUAGUUCUCCCAACAGCUCCCACAGCACCAUCGCUGAGAACGGCUUUACUGGCUCCGUCCCCAACAUCCCCACCGAGAUGCUCCCCCAGCACCGGGCCCUCCCUCUGGACAGCUCCCCCAACCAGUUCAGCCUCUACACGUCCCCCUCUCUGCCCAACAUCUCCCUAGGGCUGCAGGCCACCGUCACCGUCACCAACUCGCACCUCACCGCCUCCCCAAAGCUGUCAACGCAGCAAGAGGCCGAGAGGCAGGCCCUCCAGUCCCUGCGGCAGGGUGGUGCGCUGACGGGCAAGUUCAUGAGCACAUCCUCCAUCCCGGGCUGCCUGCUGGGUGUGGCGCUGGAGGGCGACACGAGUCCCCACGGGCACGCCUCCCUGUUGCAGCAUGUGCUGCUGCUGGAGCAGGCCCGGCAACAGAGCACCCUCAUUGCCGUGCCACUCCACGGGCAGUCCCCACUGGUGACAGGCGAACGUGUGGCUACCAGCAUGCGGACGGUAGGCAAGCUCCCACGACAUCGGCCCCUGAGCCGCACGCAGUCCUCGCCGCUGCCGCAGAGCCCCCAGGCCCUGCAGCAGCUGGUCAUGCAGCAGCAGCACCAGCAGUUCCUGGAGAAGCAGAAGCAGCAGCAGCUGCAGCUGGGCAAGAUGCUCACCAAGACUGGGGAGCUGCCUCGGCAACCCACCACCCACCCUGAGGAGACUGAGGAGGAGCUGACAGAGCAGCAGGAGGUGCUGCUGGGGGAGGGAGCCCUGACCAUGCCCCGGGAAGGCUCCACCGAGAGUGAGAGCACCCAGGAGGAUCUGGAGGAGGAAGAGGAGGAGGAGGAGGAGGAGGAAGAGGAGGAGGAGGAAGACUGCAUCCAGGUCAAGGACGAGGAGGGCGAGAGUGGUGCUGAGGAGGGACCUGAUCUGGAGGAGUCCAGUGCUGGUUACAAAAAGGUGUUUUCAGAGGCCCAGCCCCUGCAGCCACUACAGGUGUACCAGGCACCCCUCAGCCUGGCCACUGUGCCCCACCAGGCCUUGGGCCGCACCCAAUCCUCACCCGCUGCCCCUGGGGGCAUGAAGAGCCCCCCAGACCAGCCCACCAAGCACCUCUUCACCACAGGUGUGGUCUAUGACACAUUCAUGCUGAAGCACCAGUGCACGUGCGGGAACACACACGUGCACCCCGAGCACGCUGGCCGGAUCCAGAGCAUCUGGUCUCGGCUGCAGGAGACAGGCCUGCUGAGCAAGUGUGAGCGGGUCCGGGGCCGCAAGGCCACACUGGAUGAGAUCCAGACGGUGCACUCCGAGUACCACACCCUGCUCUAUGGGACCAGCCCUCUCAACCGGCAGAAGCUGGACAGCAAGAAGCUGCUCGGCCCCAUCAGCCAGAAGAUGUAUGCCAUGCUGCCGUGUGGGGGCAUUGGGGUGGACAGUGACACUGUGUGGAACGAGAUGCACUCCUCCAGUGCCGUGCGCAUGGCGGUGGGCUGCCUGGUGGAGCUGGCCUUCAAGGUGGCUGCAGGAGAGCUCAAGAAUGGAUUUGCCAUCAUACGGCCCCCAGGACACCACGCUGAGGAGUCCACAGCCAUGGGAUUCUGCUUCUUCAAUUCUGUAGCCAUCACAGCAAAACUCCUGCAGCAGAAGUUGAACGUUGGCAAGGUCCUCAUCGUGGACUGGGACAUCCACCACGGCAACGGCACCCAGCAGGCGUUCUACAACGACCCCUCUGUGCUCUACAUUUCCCUCCAUCGCUAUGACAACGGGAACUUCUUUCCAGGCAGUGGGGCGCCUGAAGAGGUUGGCGGAGGCCCGGGCGUGGGGUACAAUGUGAACGUGGCAUGGACAGGAGGUGUGGACCCCCCCAUCGGAGAUGUGGAGUACCUGACAGCCUUCAGGACAGUGGUGAUGCCCAUUGCCCACGAGUUCUCCCCUGACAUGGUCCUGGUCUCCGCCGGCUUUGAUGCUGUCGAGGGACAUCUGUCUCCGCUGGGUGGCUACUCUGUCACCGCCAGAUGUUUUGGCCAUUUGACCAGGCAGCUGAUGACGCUGGCAGGGGGCCGGGUGGUGCUGGCCCUGGAGGGAGGCCACGACUUGACCGCCAUCUGUGAUGCCUCUGAGGCCUGUGUCUCGGCUUUGCUCAGCGUGGAGUUGCAGCCCUUGGAUGAGGCAGUCUUGCAGCAAAAGCCCAACGUCAACGCAGUGACCACACUAGAGAAAGUCAUUGAGAUCCAGAGCAAACACUGGAGCUGUGUGCAGAGGUUUGCGGUGGGUUUGGGCUGUUCCCUGCGGGAGGCCCAGGCUGGUGAGUCGGAGGAAGCUGAGACUGUGAGCGCCAUGGCCUUGCUGUCGGUGGGAGCUGAGCAGGCCCAGGCUGCUGCCGCCCGGGAGCACAGCCCCAGGCCAGCAGAGGAGCCCAUGGAGCAGGAGCCUGCCCCGUGACACCCUGGCCCCACCCUUCUGGGCUUCAUCAUUGUGAUUUUGUUUAUUUUUUCUAUUAAAAACAAAAAGUCACACAUUCAACAACGUGUGCCGUGUGGGUCUCUCAGCCUUGCCCCUCCUGCUCCUCUAAGCUGCCUCAGGCCUAUCCCCCCCACCCCCCUCCCCAACUGGUCCCCAUCUCAGUUCUGGAAGUUUGUUCCUUCCAGGGAGGGUAUACUUUCCAGCCCCUCCCCACAUUGUAGCCUACACCUACUUUCCCGCAAUCUGUCCUUUUCCCCCUUGGAGCUUGGGGCAGCUCAAGGUGGCAUGGAGGCCAGGACAGUGCCCUCAGGUUCUGGGGUCUCCCUGAGGGAGGAGGGAGCAGUAAGUUCGGUGCCGUGGCUCCAGCUGAUCUGGGGGGAAAUGCCUUAAUUCUACCCUCAGGGGAGGGUCUAGAGGGUCCCUAUAGUACUAAGGUGUAGGCUGGAGGGGAAGUGGGCCCCACCUUUACCGCUAUUGCCUUCCCCUUUCCUCUCCUGGCCUCAGCGCCCAGGGGAGUGCUCAUGCCACAGAUGUAGGCCUGAGGUCUGCAGGCAGGGCUUUUCCCCUUUCCAGGGGUGGAGUGGAGAAAGUGUAUGGGGAGGGAUGGGAUGGACCCUGGGUUCUGAGGGCCCAGGAGGAGCCGCAGAACCAGGCCUGCUGCCCACCUGACUAUUAGCCUCCCUGCCCCUCUGCUGGUACAGCCUGGGGAGGGGAAGAAGGUGGUCCCUGCAGGGGGUGCUCCAGGCUGAUGAGAGCCCCCCUGCUGAUCAGGACCAGAUUUCCCCCAACCAUCCGGUGUGCUUCCGCAGAAGGGUCAGCAGUCCUUUGUUUUGAAGCCUGGGGAUGGUGAGAGUGAGGUUCUAGAAGAGGCAAGGACAGUGCCAGAACCCAAGAACUCAGGAGUCUGCCCUCAGCUGGAGCUUCCCUCCUUCUGGGCUCCCUUUGCUGGCCUUGACCAAGGAAGCUACGAGCAGGAGAGGGCUGGGCGCUGCCCCUUCUUUCCUAGGAGCCCUGUCUGUGUCCAGGGGCUGGGGGCCCACAAGGCUUCCAGGGAAUGCCAUCCAGCUGUUAGGAAACCAAAGAUGAGAAGUGGCUCCUAGGAGGCUGAGUCUUCCUCCUCCUCCCCAACACCACAUACACUUUCUUUCCCCCAAUCCCCAGGGCUCCACCAGUCUGUUUACAUAUUUAUUAUCCUAAUACGGGCUUGAAUAGGGUUGAGGGAGCCAGAGGGAGGGGCAGGAGUCCCUUUAUGUUGGUUUGUUGUGCGCUGUGUCUUGUGUCUUGUGUGUUACAGAUCCUACUGGGGAUGGGGCUGGGGCUGGCCCAGUGUACCAGGCUUGCCCAUGCGGAGCCCCAGGCGCCAGGCCCCUCACCUCCCUUUCCUGUGGCCAGUCUGGUUCUCAUGUAAACCCCCUUGCUUUGUUUCCCUGGAUAUGGAUUUCAGUUAAGUAUUUUGUAACCUACUACACUGUAUGUCCUUGUGUAAAUAAACUUGUUUCUGGCAGUGCCUUCUGGGGCCAGUGUCUCUGUUCUCUGGGCUCCCAAAUGGAGUAGAGGUUCUCAUUCUCCCGGGCCAAAAAAUCUACUCUGCUUUUUCCCAGCCCCUGGACUAGAAGCCAAUUUAGGCAACAGGUAGGAUGGGGUAGGGGUGGGGUUCCUGUCCUGUAGCUGAAAGACAUGGUCUCACUGCCUGUGGCCACAACAUCUCACGGGACCUCCCGUGUGGCCUAGGCCUGACAGAUCACAACUGAACCCAGAGCCCUUCUCUGUCGCUGUGACUCUGCCUCUGUAGAAUGAGGAUUGCAGAGGGGGCAGCCUGGCCAGGGUCCACCUGCAUUCAUGCUGGCAAGUUCAGUGGAGAGACAAGAAAGGAAUCCAGAAAUGUUCAAGGGCUUUAUUGGGGCCUCCUUGAGACACCCCUCACAGUGCUGCAGGAACCGCUGGUCUUGCCAUUGCUCCUGCUCUUUAGGGGCUUGGGAGGGAAGGCAGGAGAAGACCAGCCUCUCUGGGAGAGAAAAGGCUCUCUUUUGGGGCUAAGACCAGGUGGUGGGAGAAGUUGGGGAAAUUCAAAGUAAGCCUGUUGGGAUCUGGACACUCAGAAGGGAUGGGGCUGCCUGGAAGGCAGAGGUAGAGGAGUGUUGGCUUUGGGAGGGAAGGUAGUGGAAGGAAGUACUUGGACGUCAGGAAGAAUGGAUGGGUGGGGCUUCCUGGGCACUGAACAAGUGUACCACCCAGGGCACGAGGGCCAGGACCAGGCAUGGCCAGAGGGUGAAUUUGAGGAAAUUGAAGAUGUAGAAGAGGCUGACCUGAGGGGCAUGGCCCAGCCAGUCCAGGGGACCUAGCAGCACCAUGGCCAGCACAAAACAGGCAAUCUUCUGGCCAUUUCCCAGGUGUGCCCGCCGUACCUGGGCAUAACAGGGAGAGUGCAAGGCAAUGCCCAGACCCAGGGCGGCACCUGAAUCACGGCUCAGGGAGGCAAAGGGCCGGCUGUCCACAUGCAACCACUCAGGUCGCUCACACCACUUGGAAGCUAGGUUGAUGGACC